GAUUGCAGCGCCAGUUCUCCCAAGGACAGUUUGAGCCUUGCCCUGAGUAACUCAUUGCAGGUUUGCAACUGUGUCUCCGGAGGGGUCAGAGUGACACGUGGCAUCCACCAUCUUGUACAUGCUUGAAUGCCAGCUGCGUGUUCAGCAGGUACACCGCGUGCACUCAGCAAUGAGGGCAGCCUCUAGAGGGUAGACCAGGAUCAACAGGGCAUCACACAGCAGCGCAGGUCAGGGGCGGAGAUCGUCCACUUCUCCAUUCCCCCGGACUCACCAAGCCUGCUCACGGUGCUUCAGAAACGUAGACCUCCGGGGACAUCAAACACACUCCAAAGUAAUCCUGAUGGGUUCAGGAGCAUCCUAGAUUUAGUAGGGGUCAGCAAGGAUAUUAUAUUUCUCGUUAAAAUUGUUUUUUAUGAAAGUAUAUGCCAGAGCCCAUACAAGAUGCGUGCGUCCAGCAUGGCAGGCAGGCAGGCAGGCCCCGCCCUUUGAUUAUAUUUUUAAUGCUGAAAUCUGACUUUAAAAGAAUUUGCUUUUGUGUGUUUCUUCCUUCAAUUUUUAUUUAAAUAAAUAGUAUAUUUGAUAAGUGCAUUUCUUUGCUAUAUAAUUUAUCAUAUUUAUUUGUUUUGUCUUUGUAGCCACAAGAUAUUCCUGAUGGACACCGUGCUCCUCCACCUCUGGCCUUGCGUAGUAUAGACACUCAGACACCAGGAGUAAAUGAUCGCGGAAGCAACAACAGCAGUCGCGCUCAGUCUAUUUCACCAGCCUCCUUCAUUACAAUCUCAAAUGAGUUCUGCGAAGAAAGCCCUUGCGCUGUGGAUGACACUCAUACAGAUCCUCGAGACAAAGGUACACUCACCUGUUGUGUCAUACACUUUAUAUGUACUCUUCUUUAGAGAUUGUAAGUUCGACCUUAUCAACCUAUUGUUCAUGUCAAAAUUUGUAAUCUUAUUUAUUGUUAAAGUUCCGUGAAAGAGACACAAGAUAUGCUUCUGCAAAAUAGUUGAGUAAAAGUCCACUAUUUCAACCAAAUGGUCACAAAGAGAUUGGUGCAGCACAGUAUUUUGCCGCACACCCACACAAGGCUUCCAAUGCUAUUGCAUAGGAAAGCAUUGUAUUGGCUUAAAUCAUCUUGAUCUUGAUGUUCUCCGCCAAUGAGGCUGAACAGAAUGUUGGAGACCAGUUCUGUGAGAGACAAAUUAAUUUUUAAAUCGCCUUUUUAACCAAGGCAGCAGGAGCCCGGUCACCUAAACGAUGAGCAGGGCAGUAUAGCGUUAGGAAUACAUAUUUGUAUUCCUAACACUAUAGUGUUUCUUAAAUUAUAUUGUAAUGCACUGAAAAAUAGGAUGUUACUAAAUAAAUGCCAGUAAUAAUAUUCCUUUUGGGAAUGUGUGACAUAAAAGUCUAAGUCAUUUAGUUAAAGUGAAAGUAUGGGGUAAAAAUAACCCCCAUCUUUUUAAAUGCAUUAUAAAGAUAAUAGAAAAUAAAGAAGAUGCAUGUCUGGAAGAUUUCCUUUCAUGCAUAUAUUAAGUGCUUCAUCUGCAGUCAGAACCCUCCAUCAUUAUGUAGACACUCUUAUCCCAUACACUCCUGCAGACCACUUAGGAUGUGUAACUGCCCUGUAAACUGAUAGCAGACAUACCCCAUGUGAUUCAUCCUUUAGCAGCUAUUAAUCCAAUGCGGGACAGUUUUCUCACAGCUGCUCCAUUCCAUGAUAUUAUCCGAAUUGAUAUUGAUCUUGGGUCUAGUGAUAAACAUUAGACAUGUUAAAUGUCACCAUACUGUACGUGAUAAUGCCAAACAAAAGCAUUUGAAUAUCAAGAUCUUACAGUUAGGGAUGUAAUGCCUCUAGUUGCUUGUGCAAAUGUAAAUACUGUCUUUUCUACAUUAAGAUAUUGUAGUGUUGGUGUUUAGAGUAUCUCUGUCAGACAAACUGAUAGCAUCCAAAGCUCUAUGCAUCAUUUUUAGUGACACAAUAUUAUAAAACAGAUUAUAAGCACCAUAUCAACUGAUGCUCAUUGCAAUAAGAAAGUAUCUCUGCAAAUAUGAGUGUAUAACUAAACCAACAAGCAAAAAUCUCUAGAGUUAUUAAACUACCCCUUCUCCAUGGGAAGGCAAAGAAGCAUUUUUACUUACUCCUUGGCUGCCCCAAUCCUAAUUUGUAUGUAUAGAAGCGUGUUCACGCAGUGCGAGUUCCCACCUCCUCUCCCCUGUUCUUAGAAAGCGCCCAAGCUGGAUUGAUCUGAUAAAUAUAUUGAUGAAUCCAUUGGGUGGGAAUUCUAAAGGCACUAUUUUGUACCAGAGUAGUAAUCACAAAGAAAUACUUCUGCAAGUACCAUCAAUGGCAAGAGAAGUGUAGUGAAGUAAAAGUUGUAUAUCCGUAUUUGGCUAGCCCUUUUCUGUCUCAUUUUGUUUCGGAAGAUACACACAUACCGUAUUAAGUUACUAUUACAUUCUUGACCUAGUAAGUUGUGGUUGCUGAAGUCGGUUUUCUUUUCACUAUUUUGUCAUGUUUCAUUUGUUUUUGUUUUAAAACUUGGGGGCUUAUAGUGACAGCUGAUAACAUUUUUGUUUUUAUGUUUCAACCACCCUACUGUAGGGCUGAUUAAUAGAGCAGUGAUUUAUUUUGUUAAAUGCAGAGAAUGGAAACCACUCCCCUCUACCUAAAUAUGCCACUUCUCCAAAGCCAAACAACAGCUACAUGUUCAAACGAGAACCUCCAGAAGGUUGUGAGAGAGUAAAAGUGUUUGAGGAAAGCUCGUAAGUAUAAACAUUUACAUACAUUUUUUUAUUUUAUACAAAUAAUGUCUUAUACUUAACAUGGUAUUUAGAAUUUAAGGCUGUCCGCUCUAGCUAAAUCAUUUAAAUAAUAUCAAAGGAGUUGAUAUCUUAUAUUCAGUUUUGAUAUGUCAUGGUUUUUUAUUUAUUUUUUUGUUUUGUUUUUUUUUGUAAUUGUACUUUAAAGAGUUACUCCAACCAAAAAUGGUGUUUUAUUGAAACACUGUUUUUGGUCAAGAAACUUUUGCUGGCAUGUCUCCCCUCUCCAAAAAGAAAGAGAGCGAAUACACUGCAAUGCCACGAGUUUUCAUUGCAGCCCAAUCCAUCCCUGGUAAUGUCAAACGGCGAGGGGGGCCAUGGUGCAUUGGUCAUCUGUCACCAGCAUAUGUGACCUGACAACAGAUGCCAAAUAUGCACAGAGUUUACAUUAGCCAGCCCAUAACUGCCUGGGAUGGAUUUACACCUUGGGCAGCAAUGUGCUUUGACUGUGCAACGUUUCUAAAUCGCAAAUCGCAAAACCUGACAACAGAUGCCAAAUAUGCACAGAGUUUACAUUAGCCAGCCCAUAACUGCCUGGGAUGGAUUUACACCUUGGGCAGCAAUGUGCUUUGACUGUGGGGCGUUCUAAAUACAUAAAAUCUGCACAUACAGACUUCAAGAAGUCAAUUUGAGUAGUAGAAAAGAACUGCAUUUAUAAGUAUAAUGAAAGGCCAACCGUCUUUUUCAAAACUUUAUUUUGUAAAAGCAUUUGCUUAGACAAGAUAUUUCAGUGUAGCGGUCAUUGAUACACAUCUGAGGUUUUCAUUAUAAGAAAUCUUAAUUUUUAAGUUGAAGUGUAGGUUGGUGGCCAAAUGUAACAUUAAAAUUGAUACUCUCUAGUACCCACAAUAUGAUUAUGUAUAUAACCAAAUUAGAUAAUCAUGCUUACCAAUAUUUAGUUUAGGACAAGAAUGUUUAUUUGCUUUUGCAUAGUACUGACAAGCGUAAUCAUGAACUCACUUUUUGUCCCUUUGCUAUAUGAUCACAGAUACAUUAAAAUAUAUAUUCAAUAAUGCACUGUUAUUUCAUCGCACUUACACAUAUCUGACUCAAACAGCAAAGAGAUCUCCCUCAAUUUUACAGCAGCUAUGAGAGAUUGUUUCCACAAUUUUGUUUCCCAGAAUGCACAUUGCGGAAUGUAAAAUAGUACAGACAGCUAUGACUUUCUCCAUUUCUAGCUGCCCUAGGAAUAACAUUAGCAUAAAAAGCUGUACUUUCAAAUAGAUAAAAGGAACCUGCAGAAAAAUGUAAGUUGGAAAUCUGCUAGCUAUUUGUGCUUCUUUGCAUAUAUCUAUGUGAAAGCACAAUCUUUUCACGCGCCUCUGUGUCUGGAAGCAGACUUUUCCUAAGAUAUUUUUAAUCCUUUUUUUUUUUUUUUUUUUAAAUCUUACUACGUCUUCAACAAUGCAUAUAAAUAGAGAUUUGAGCAUAUGAACAUCAACAAAGGUAGCUGUGUAGUCGAGAUUCCUUGACAAGGAAACAUAGACUUAUUCUACAGAAGCUAUAACUUGUACAUAGAAACAUAGAAUGUGACGGCAGAUAAGAACCAUUCGGCCCAUCUAGUCCAGGGCCGGUGCUACCUGUAGGGCGACCUAGGCAACCGCCUAGGGUGCACCUUAGCAGGGGGCGCCGGAUCCCUGCACCAGGAAUCACCGGUGCGGCUCCUCAUGCUGCGCCGCCUGAGUGAGCACUUCCCUUCAGUCCGCCGGCGGCCGGGUACAGGAAACACAAGUUCCUGUCCCGCGUUCCGUGCCGCCCGGCCACGCUACAUAGACAGGAGGGAAGAGGAGG